AGCGCGAAACCCCUUCACGCAUCGUCUCCCUCGCCCAUGUCGAUGCUUCUACGCUCUUCGCCCCUCUCCCCUCCCCUCUCCCGAAACCCUAAACCCUUCCCCCUCCCCCUCCGAACCCAUCUCCCCAUCUCCCCCUCUCUUCGCUCGACCCCCCUCGCCUCCUCCCCCUCCUCUCGUCGCCUUGCGCCGCCUUCGAGCUCAGGGUCUCCGGUGGUUGCCGAGGCGGUAAUUGGGUCUGGAAAUGGUGAGGACGAGGAGGGGGAGGAGGAGCCGAAGUAUGUGGAGGUUGGAUAUAUAAGUAGCGCUCACGGGCUCAGAGGGGAGGUUCGGGUGAUGCCCAGCACGGAUUUUCCCGAACUUCGAUUCGCCAAGCCAGGGAAAAGGUGGUUGAGAACGCGUGCGGCGGGGAAAGAGGUGAUUAAAGAAGUGGAGCUCACAGGAGGAAGGGGACACCCUGGACAAAAGAGUUGGAUUAUCAGCUUUAGUGGGAUCGACACCGUCGAAGAGGCAAGGCAAAUAGUUGGUUCAUCUUUACUCGUAACAGUACGAGACAGACCAGAAUUGGAGGAAGGCGAAUUCUACACUCGUGAUCUUGUUGGCAUGAGAGUUAUUCUCAAGGAAACUGGCAAGCUAGUGGGUACAGUAGCAAAUGUUUUCAAUUAUGGCGCUAGUGAUCUUCUGCAUGUAAGGCUUCAUUCAGCUGAAGAGCGACCACAUCAGUCUAAUUUAUUGGAUCCAGAUGACAGUUCUUCAGCUCCGCACAUAUGGAUUCCAUUUGUCGAGGCAAUCGUUCCCGAUGUUGAUGCGGACAGGAGAGAAAUGCAGAUUACACCUCCAAAAGGCCUUCUUGAGCUGAAUUUACGUUCUGACGUGAGAUCAAAGAAAGAAAGACGCCAGAUGGAAUGGAAGGAAAAAAGGAAGUUACAGCAACGCUUAGUUGCAACCAAAAAGAUCCUUGCUGCAUUAGACCAAAAGCAUAUUCUGGAGGGAUUAAGAAUUGGAGAGAAGAACCAAAAGACUUCUCUUGCGAAGCAGCUCACAAGCAUUGACUUCAGAUUGUUUCAACAGGCAAUACAAAAUAUUAACAAACCAUUUAUAAGCUACAGCUUGUCAGAGUAUAUUAAUGCUAAUUCUUCUGCAUUGCUGGAGAAUCCAAUGAGAAUCUCUCAUCAAUGUCUCGUUACCGGUGAAAGUGAAGGGAAUAAUAACAUGAAUUAUGAAUUGCGGAAAGUGGGAUUACAACUCCUUAGAAACUCUAAAGUUGCUAUUAUACUUAUUAGACAUGAGAAGGAUGACGUUGAAAGGGGAUCUGAGACUGAUGAUGUUCGUGUUGAAUCUGCGGUCAUCCAGUUUCAGAAAUUGUUUAACAAUCUUAAUAUAUUUCUUAAGGAGGAAGAAAACAAUGCAAGUGUUCCGUUCAUUUUGGUUUCUCCAGCUCGUGAGAUCGAGUCAUAUAAAGAGUGCCUAGUGGACAAUGACUAUUUUGGGUUAAAUAGUCAGAAGGUGUGGGUUUUGGAAGAAGAGAAGUUACCAAUCGUCAAUAUUUCCCCAGUGGAAAACAGCCAUGAAAUCCUGUUGAAGUCUCCUUGGGAGAUUCUCCGAGCACCAAUUGGACCGGGAGGAAUUUUCAGUUUGCUUUCAUCCCAUAAAAUAAUUGAUGCCCUUAAUGAAUUCGGCGUAGAAUAUGUGCAGAUAUGCAGUUUAGAUAAUAGAACUGCCUUAGGGCACCCUCUGUUCUUCGGCUUCGUAAGCUCCCGCGGUGCCGACGUGGGGAUAAAGCUUUCGACAAGCUGCAAAACCGACGAUAACUUCGACAUGGUUAUUUCCAUGAAGCACGUAAACAAGAUGAGCAAAGAAAUCAACAGGCUCCGCUUCCGUGCUCUUCCUGAGCAGCAUGUGCAUGUGCAUGUGCAGCAGGUCAAGGACGAAUGGAUCACCGUCCAUCCGGAGAAACCGAACUCGUAUCGACUGCAUUGUCCGAUUUACAGCAUCUUGAACCCAUGUUCUCUUGAUAAUGUUUGUGUUAUGGAGGUUGAUGAGUAACUUUUCUUUUUUUCUUUUUUUUUUUUUUGUUGGAAGAAAUUUUGAUUUCGGAUACUCUUGUGUAUAAUCUAGUUUAAAGAGUUAAUCCCUCUACUUCUGCGAUUCUUAAU